UCUGCUUCAUCCUGGUAUUUUGGUCCCUCUUAUAUGGCUGAAGGUUUUCUCUGUGUUGUACAUAUAGCUAAAUAUAAGCGGUUUUGACUUUGUACCAACAUUGUAUUAAUUACUGAACUUGAGCAAUGUUUAAAAAAGCGAAGAGGGUAAACUUCAGGCGUAGAAAUGAGUCCGACGAGGAGGAAAAUGAAGAGGAAAAACAGUCGCCGCCGCCGCAGCCUCAGUUGCUGCAAGAACAACUGCAGCCAUGCGGGGCCGACGAUGAGCCUCCAGUCCGAUGUGCUGUAAUCAGCAACCCGGAGAUUGUGGCACAUUUUAACGUCAGCACCGAUAUGAACCAUGGAAAUGGAUUGCAGACUAAUACAACGAGGAUCAACUUGAAGGAAAAGAAGAAAAGCAAAGAAAACAAAGAUGUGCCAAAAGCGAGUUUGCUUAGCUUUCACGACGAAGAAGAUGAUAUUGAGGUUUUCAAGGUGAAGAAAUCAAACUACAAUAAAAAGAUAGUGAAGCAACUAAAGAAAGAAUACAAGGAAGACCUGGAAAAAGCAGGCGGCUCAAAGCAGGAUCCAAGUACUGCAGGAGAUGAACUUACCACAGUAAUGAUGUCAGUGAAGGAAGAGCCAAUGGCAGAAGAGAGUGGUGCAAACAGUGACAAAGGAGAAGAAGAGAUGGAAGUUGAUAGCAACAAUGAAUCAGAUGUGGAUCAGAAGUCAAAUCCUGCAGGGGCUUUCUCAAAUGCUUUGUCCUCUCUGAACACGCUACGUCCAGGUGAAAUUCCAGAUGCUGCAUUUAUCCAUGCUGCCAGAAAAAGAAGACAACUUGCUCGUGAGCUUGGGGACAAUGUUCCUCCUGAGACCGAACCUGGCGGCAACCGGCUUGUACGGGAAGAUGAAAACGAUGCCAGUGAUGAUGAAGACGACGAUGAGAAACGAAGAAUAAUCUUCUCUGUGAAAGAAAAGACACAGAGACAGAAAAUAGCUGAAGAAAUUGGAAUAGAAGGGAGUGAUGAUGAAGCACUUGAUGCAGGGGAUCAGGAUGAAGAACUGAAUCGAUGGGAGCAGGAGCAGAUCAGGAAAGGAAUUAGCAUUCCACAGGUUCAAGCCAGUCAGCAGGCAGAUGUGAAUAUGUACUAUCAAAGUACCUAUGAAGCUGCAUCCUACAUUUCAUCCUAUGGCCUUCCUUACUCCUACAGUUCCUAUGGCUCAGAUGUCUCCAAGCCAGUGAAAUCAGAAAAUUCAGUAACAUAUACAGCUCCCAGUAAUGGCAUGAUGCCUAUCACUACUGAUUUGGUAAAGAAACGACUUAAAGACAGGUUAGAUUCAAUGAAAGGAAUACACAGUAGCAAUCUGAAGCGCUAUGAACAAAUUCAACAAGAGUUAGAGUCAUCCACCAGCAUGAUAGCGAGACUGGAAGGUUCCUCCGAUGGUAGUGCUGAUCAGUAUAAAUUCUUGCAAGAAAUGCGAGGGUAUGUCCGAGACUUGCUUGAGUGUUUCAGUGAAAAGGUACCCCUGAUUCAUGAUCUUGAAUCUGCAAUGCAGCAGUUACUUAGACAGAGAGCAUCCCGGCUUGUCCAAAGACGACAGGAUGAUAUUAAAGAUGAAUCAUCGGAAUUUGCAAGCCAUUCAAGCAAGGCUUUAAUGGCACCAAAUCUUGAUUCGUUUGGUCGUGACCGUGGUGUUUAUCAGGAACAUGCAAAACAACGAAGAAUUGCAGAAAGAGAAGCUAGAAGGACUCGACGCAGACAGGCAAGAGAACAAAAUGGCAAGAGAGCAGAGCAUCACGAAGGCCUGUCCAGUGAUGACGAGGAAACAUCUACAGACAUCACAAGCUUCAACUUGGAAAAAGAUCGAAUUUUGAAAGAAUCAAAAAAAGUUUUUGAGGAUGUGUUGGAGGAUUUUUGUUCCAUUGACAGUAUUAAAUCUCGGUUUGAAGUGUGGAGGAAGAUGUAUUUAAAAUGUUACCAGGAUGCCUACAUUGGUCUGUGCCUCCCCAAACUGUUCAACCCUCUGGUACGAUUGCAGCUCAUCCCUUGGAAUCCUCUAAGAGUAAGCAAAGCAGAAUGCCCUGACUUUGAGUACAUGCUAUGGUUUGAGUCCUUGCUUUUCUAUGGCUGUGAAGAGGAAAAAGAGACACAAAAAGGCGAUGUAGACAUUCUUCUUCUACCAGCUAUAGUUGAAAGGGUAAUUGUACCCAAACUUGCAGUAUUGGCAGACCAGGUAUGGGAUCCUUUAUCUUCCAGUCAGACUACACAGCUGGUGUCCUUCAUGCAGAGACUGAUCAGAGGAUACCCCUCCGUUCUGAAUGGGGAAAACAGAAACACGCAGGAGCUGUUGAAAGCAAUAGUAAUGCGGACGAGAAGAACAUUGGAUAAUGAUGUUUUCAUGCCGCUAUAUCCCAAAAAUGUCUUGGAAAACAAGAAUUCUGGACCGUAUUUAUUUUUCCAAAGGCAAUUUUGGUCCUCUGUUAAGCUUCUUGGAAACAUUCUUCAGUGGCAUGGAAUACUGUCAAAUACAUGUCUACGAGAGUUGGCAGUGGACAGCCUGUUGAAUCGUUACAUUCUCUCAGCGCUGCAAAACUCAGAUCCUGGGGAAGAUAGCAUAACAAAAAGCCAAAGUGUCAUCAAUUGUUUUCCAAAACAGUGGUUUACAAAUAUCAAAGGACAACAAACCAUCCCCCAGUUAGAAAACUUUUGCCGGUAUCUUAAGCAUUUGGCCAGUACGAUCUACAGGGUCAGCAUUGGGGUUUCAGAUGUGGAAAAACGAAACGCAAGGGAACAUAUAAAACAGGUGGUUACCCUUCUGGCAAGUGUUUGUGCUCUGGAUCAUGUGGUGGCUGUUGCAGGUGAACACGGCAUAAAGGAUGUGAAGGCUUUACUUGAAGGCAAAUAACUCAGAGUGGACUUAAGCCUUAUAUCUAUACUGUGUAUAACUAUGUGUAUAUAUGUAUAAUAGAUCCCUACAAGCCCUGUUGUAUUGUUACAUUUAGGAAUCGUUUGGUGCAUUGUUGUGUAUAACAAACAUGAUUUUUGUAAACUACUGAAUUCCAGUUUUCUAAAUUCUUUAGGCAUGCAAUAAUAUUCAUCCUAUCUGGAAUUACAUUUGUAUAAACAAACAAAGAAAUAUAAACCAAGUUAUAAAUUCACAUCUUUUUUGGGGAACAAAAUAAAGCUUAUAUUUGAAUUUGCUGUUGGUGUAAAAGUUUUAUCAGCCUGUUUUAAUAAAUGUUUCUGUUUGAAGAGAUUCUGUUCUUGAAUUUUGAAUCGUUUACUGUAGCAUAUUUUGGUAUUUUUAAGAGUUUGGUACUGUGGAUCCCUUAGUAGUCAAAACUCAAACAUCCCCUGUAUGGAAGACAACCUCAGAACAUAGGGAUCACUUGUGAAUGGCCUUUAUUUCCCAUGUUAAAUUACCUGUAUACUGUAUUAGGGAUGCAACGGUUAUGAUUUUCGCAAACUGAACUGAAACUUUCAUUUGCAUAAACUGCCUAACCAAACAAUGCUGACAAAACCGAACCAAAACCACAUGUUUUAUAUAAUGAAAAAGUUUCAUCACUAAGCUGGCUGCAGUUUUGAGAGCUCAUUACACAUCUUUGUUGCAUAUAAAUGGUUCAGAUUACCAUCCAUUCAUUUUAAAAUGGUAACAUUAAUCAAAAGUUAACACCACACUUAUCCAAUUGAACCUCAGCUUCAAACUUGGUGUCCAGAUGUUUAGAGCUGUUUAUGUAUGCAAACACUUUGUGCCCUAACAUCAACCUUUUGUUAAAAAAUGCAUCCUAAGAAGUGGAAAGCUGAAAUGAGUGGAUAUAUAUAUAUAUAUAGAUAUAGAUAUUAUAUCCCUUUCAUUCAGGCAAUACAGCAUAUAGGGGAUCAGGUGAUGCUGCGUAUAGUACCCUGGCUAGAAACCCUACUGUCUGGACUGCUGACAGCUGCUUCGGCAAACAUGGGUAGUGGGCACUUGAAAGGGAUGUGGAGGAUACUGGUGAAAUGGACUGAAGUGCAGCAUUAGUUCCCAAAAUUGCCACUGCCUGCUGUGAGACAGACAGGGAAGGUUACCAGCGUUGCCAAGUCUCAUGAGAAAAAAAAAAAAAAAAGCGGCACUGCCUUUCAAAACAAGAGACCCCAUGUUAGAGUAUAGGUGUUUAUGCAAAUUCCAAGCAGCGACUCUCAAAAACAAGCCCAAUUCUGCUUAUU